CCACAAACCCUCCCGGUGACGUCACCCCCUCCCCGCCCACCCCUUACAAAGAUGGCCGACCUGCAUCUCGGAGACCGUUUCGAUGUCGUGUUACUGGGCACGGGUUUGCCGGAGUCUAUUGUAGCGGCAGCGUGCGCGCGUGUCGGGCAGAGCGUUCUACAUCUGGACAGGAGGGAUUACUAUGGAGGAAACUGGGCGAGUUUCAAUCUUCGAGGGCUGCAGGACUGGAUCAGAGACUCCACCACGGGAGAGGCGCGGGGCGAGCGCGGGGAGGAGGAGGAGGAGGAGGGGGGCGGCGAGCCGGCCCGGCACGCGGGCGACGACGCGGAGACCCUGGUGCCGCUCGGCGGCGACGAUGGCGGCGCGGGCGACGUUGGCGACGUGGAGGUGUUUUACUAUGAGAGCGAAGAACCCAAGGAACAGGAGCAGCAACAGGAGCAGCAGCAGGAGCAGCAGCAGGAGCAGCAGCAAGAGCAGCAGGAGAAUGGAGACAUGGCACAAGGUGCCGACGCUGGAGCCAGUGGCGAUGAAGGGUCGGAGGUCGGAGAGAAGGCAAAGGAGGGUGACUCGGGGUCGGAGGUUACGGCGACAGGCGACCAAUCAGAGGGGAGCGCCGGGCGCAAAACUGCUGCCCUUAUCCAUUUUUCCGACGUCGUUAAAAACGGACGACGCUUCAACAUCGACCUCGCUCCGAACUGCCUGUUUGCGCGCGGUCCCCUGGUGGAGCUCCUCACCAAGUCUCAAGUGAGCCGCUACGCUGAGUUCAAGAGCGUCACGCGCGUCCUCACGCUGCUCCACGGACACGUGCAGCAGGUGCCGUGCUCGCGAGCCGACGUCUUCUCCAGCCGCCGCGUGUCGCUGGUGGAGAAGCGGCUGCUCAUGAAGCUGCUCGAACUCUCCCUGGACCACGAGCAGCGAGCACACGAGUUCGCAGCCUUCAGGGGCAAGCCGUUUGCCAGCUUCCUGCAGGCGCGUCAGCUGACCCCGAACCUGCGCCACUUCGUGGUCCACUCCAUCGCCAUGACGACGGAGGAGGUCUCCACGGAGGAGGGGCUCGCCGCCACGCGCCGCUUCCUGGCCAGCCUGGGUCGCUACGGCAACACGCCCUUCCUCUUCCCGCUCUACGGGAGCGGGGAGGUGCCACAAUGCUUCUGCAGGAUGAGUGCGGUGUUUGCCGGGACCUACUGCCUGAGGCACUCGCUGAAGCACCUCGUGGUGGACUCUUCAACCGGUCGGUGCACGGCUGUGGUGGACUGCACGGGCAAGAGGAUUGCCUGUGACGCGGUGGUGAUGAGCCGCAGCUUCCUGCCCACGUCUCUCCGGCCCGCUCACGGCCACCGGGCCGUGUCGAGGGCCGUGCUCAUCACGGACCGCUCGCUGCUCCCCGCAGACUCGCAGCAGGUGUCGGUGCUGUCGGUGCCCUGGCCGGAGGGCGGACGGCGAGCGGCACGGCUCCUGGAGCUGCCCAGCUCCACGCACACGUGCAUGGAGGGUACCCACCUGGUGCAUCUGACGUGCGAAGGGCGCCCAGGUGGCAGUGCCAGGGGCCACCUGGAGCCGAUCGUCGCCACCCUCUUCCGCCGGGCGACGGAGCCGCCUGAGCCGCCGGGAGCGGACGCCGGCCUUGCGCUGAGACCUCGCGUGCUCAUGGCGCUCUACUUCACUUUGCGGGACGGGGGCAGCGAGGGGAGCGAGGGGACUCCAGGACUCUCAACUACCCCCGUGCUGCCACCCAACCUCCAUCUCUGCUCGGGCCCCGGACCAAGCAUGGACUGCGACUCGGCAGUCAAGCAGGCGGAGGACAUCUUCCGCAAGAUUUGUCCGGAUCAGGAUUUCUGUCCCGCCGCGCCAAACCCCGAAGACCUCAUCUUUGACGACGUCGCCGCGGCAACCGACGUCGCCGCGGCAACCGACGCCGCGGCAACCGACGCCGCCGCGGCAACCGACGUCGCCGGGGCAACCGACGUCGCCGGGGCAACCGACGCCGCCGCGGCAACCGACGCCGCCGGGGCAACCGACGCCGCCGCGGCAACCGACGUCGCCGGGGCAAUGACGACCAGAGGAGGGGGGGACGUUGACGACGGUGGUAGUGGAGGAGGCGACUGAGAGAGGCGGCGUCGUGGGGGGGUGGCUCUGUGGGGGGGGGCUCAGUCAAUGAGGGAGUCGCCAGUCACUCCGGGGCCGAUGCUCGUGACCGAUUGGUGGAUCGUGCAUGGGCCGGUAACUGCAAUGGUUACCCCCCCUCCCCGUUACCCCCCCUACCCUCCUCUCUCGCCCCCCCCCCCC